GGGGCGCACGGACUCCGAGGAGCGAGGCCAUUCUGGCUCAGUAGGGGCCCCGCUUGUCUCUGUGGCCGCGCCUCCCCUGCGUCCACAGCUGUCGCCUCUGCGGCCGCGAAGCACAUUUUUGGAUAUCUUGUUGAACCUUCUUAACAAUUCAGAGAAACUACCGAGUGACUACUAAAAGAAGGCUCUAAUCUUAAAGCUUACGCAUUUUCCAUCUACCAUAUCAGAAAGAUGUCCUAUGUUUUUGUAAAUGAUUCUUCUCAGACCAAUGUGCCCUUGCUACAAGCCUGUAUCGAUGGAGACUUUAACUAUUCCAAGCGGCUUUUGGAAAGUGGCUUUGACCCAAAUAUUCGUGACAGCAGGGGCAGAACAGGCCUUCACCUUGCAGCAGCUCGAGGGAAUGUAGACAUCUGCCAGUUGUUGCAUAAAUUUGGUGCUGAUCUUCUGGCAACAGAUUAUCAAGGAAACACAGCCCUUCAUCUUUGUGGCCAUGUUGAUACUAUUCAAUUCUUAGUUUCCAAUGGACUAAAAAUUGAUAUUUGCAAUCAUCAAGGUGCUACACCCUUAGUUCUGGCAAAGCGCAGGGGAGUGAACAAAGAUGUCAUCCGAUUGCUGGAAUCUUUGGAAGAACAAGAGGUCAAAGGAUUUAACAGAGGAACUCACUCAAAACUGGAAACCAUGCAGACAGCUGAAAGUGAAAGUGCCAUGGAAAGCCAUUCUCUCCUUAAUCCCAACCUACAGCAAGGUGAAGGAGUCCUGUCCAGCUUCCGAACCACCUGGCAGGAGUUUGUGGAGGAUCUGGGCUUCUGGAGAGUGUUGCUGUUGAUCUUUGUCAUUGCUUUGCUGUCCCUUGGCAUUGCCUACUAUGUAAGCGGGGUGCUUCCCUUUGUGGAAAACCAGCCUGAACUGGUGCAUUAAAGGAGUUUAUGAGGCAAAUGCCUGUUUCCUGGCUUCCAAUGUUUGUGUUCAGUUUCACAAAAUCUUUCUCUUAUUGCAAGACAGUGAGGGCUGUACAUUUUUCUUUUUGCAUUUUUACUUAUUGUAGUCCUUGUGGAAUGACAUGUUCAUUUGAACUACUUACUGAAGUCAAGUAUACUGCAUCCUAAAGCUACCUCUGACCCAACCUGACUUCUUAGGAGAGCCUACACAUAGCCUUGUUUGAUAAAAAUAUGGAAAUGAUAAAGAAUGAAAGGUAAAGGAGGAAACUACAAAGUCCUUGCCAGAAACCUUAACCUAAUAUAGGACAAACUAAAAUGAGGUAUUGAAAAAGAAAAAGGGGUUUUCAUAUGAUUACUUUUUGUUAAUAGUUUGAUUUCUUCUUUAUUGUUGUGAGAGUCCCUUUUCUCUUUUUAUUUUCUUUCUCUAGGAAUAGAGGAGACAAUGAAACUCAACUUAAAAUGAAGUGCUUUUUUCAAAUCCAGUAUAGCAAACCAGUAAUAUUUUCAAGUCUAGUAACAAACAAAACAGAACUUUUCAAAAAUGAUUGGUUUGAUCUUACAUUGAUUUGUUUUUAGGAUAGUUUUGAUUUUUUUUUUUGUAAACUGCUCUGCUUGUUGUUAAUAUUUGUGAAAAAAUGAAUUUGAGGAGUUCAUUUUGUUUACUUUUCAAUUUUCCCAAAUGUUUAUUUCAAAGAUAUCCUAUUCAUCAAAAAUACAGCAAAAAAAACUCUUUUUCUACUCGAUAGUUAGCCGGAGAAAAUAAUUCUGAUGUUUAACUCUCACUGUAAUUCUGUAGUGCUAUUAUAAGAUAACAGUGAAAAAUUCAGUUCUGUAAGCUAGCCAUGUUGUUUCAAGUGUAUUGUAGUUCACAGUAUUUCAUUUUAUGUGCAGUCCUGUUCAGAGGACCUGUUAGAGUUGUCAUAAUCGUUUCUUCUAAUUCUCUGAUGGCAAGAACGGAUGGAGUAUUUCUGAGUUAACAGCACUGAAUACUGUUGUACUGUUUGUCAUAAACUCGUGAUGAAUGGUAAUAUUAUGUAAGUUGAAAUCUGGCCCCCAAACUGGAUUGCAGCUUUCAGCAGUAUGUUUGAAGGCCUCUUUUGUUAAUGAAUCUGUUAUGUAUAAAUCAUAUUCUUGGGUUUUAAGAAGGAAUAUGAAGACUUGAUAAUUAUUCUUUGGAUGUAGUCAGAAAAUUUUAGUGAAAGAACUAAUGGUUUUAUUUUUUAGAACAAAGGCAUCUAAGCUACUUCUAAUUGAAUUGUUGCUAGAAUUAAAAAUUAUACUUUAGAAUAGAAUUGGUAUUUCUGUGAUGCUUUUUGCUUCUUGAUGUUUUUCUCUUUUGUAUUUAAAUAUCUAGGAUUGAGAUAUUUUUCUUUCAUGUGACUUUAUCUUCUCAAGGAGUUGAUUGAAAUUUCUGAUUUAACUGGCUGCUUCAGGAUCAGCUCACAGAGUCUUGCUUUUAAGUUAGAUAGAAAAUAAAUCAUACUUGGUGAAAAUAUGCUAAAUAGAGCAAAAAUCAGCAGACUUUAGAAUGGAGAAAACUAGAAUCCAAAAAUCAAAUAUAUUCAGAAUGAAAGCUUCAGAAUUAACUAUAUUGUUUGUAAAUCUAAAUGGAUAUGCAAAAUUGGUUAACAUAUGUAAAUAUAUUGCAUUUUUUAAAGAUUAAUGUUCCCUUUUAAGUGCUGGUUUUUUGUAUUUUAUUCUUUGCAUUCAACAUUCAGUAAUACUACCAAUAAAUGUAUUUAUAAUCUCUUAAUCACAA